UCAUCACACUGCUGCAAAUCUCGACAUACGACGAUGCGCACUCCCUCACUCGAGACCUGUUGAAACGUGAGCGUUGUUCUGCCUCGAGGGCCCUACAAUGCCUGUGUCGCACGAUGCGUCUCUUGCAGUUCGACCAGAACGGCGAACUUUGCCUAACCAAGGACCUCAGCGACGAAGAGGUUUCCUCCCGCUCAUAUGCCAUCCUCUCGCAUACAUGGGGUCGAGACGAUGAAGAAGUUAGCUUUGCGGACCUGAACAAUGGUUCGGGAACAACGAAAGCCGAAUACAAGAAGCUUCGCUGGUGUGGGAAGCAGGCUGCGAACGAUGGUCUGCGCUACUUCUGGGUGGAUACCUGCUGUAUUGACAAAAGUAGCAGCGCUGAGCUUUCGAAAGCCAUCACGUCGAUGUUCCGUUGGUAUGGCGGUGCAGUGAGAUGCUAUGUGUAUCUCAGAGACGUAUUGACAAGGCAUGGCGAGAGCAUUGAUGCGUCGUCACGAUCUUGGGAACCAGCUUUCCGCAGCAGCAGAUGGUUCAGCCGCGGUUGGACGCUUCAAGAGCUUCUCGCGCCUCGGUCGGUAGAGUUCUUCGAUUCAUAUGGCACCCGAUUAGGCGAUAAGGUGUCUUUGGAGCAAGUACUGCAUGAGGUUACUAAGAUUCCGCUUCGUGCCCUUCGUAAUGCUCCUUUAGACGAAUUCAGCGUCGACGAGCGGAUGUUUUGGGCAGAAGAUCGUGAAACGACGCAUGGGGAGGACAAGGCGUAUUCUCUGUUGGGUCUCUUCAAUGUCAGCAUGCUGCCAAACUAUGGCGAGGGAGUAGACAAAGCCUUCACGAGGUUGCAAAAGGAAAUUCAAGACGAUGACUUUAUCGCUCGCCUUCCGUACGCUCCUGACGCGCCUUUCAACUCGAAUACCUCUCAGCAUGAAGCGACCUGCCUCCCCAACACCCGUGUUGAUCUCUUGAACAAAAUCUACAAAUGGGCAGAUGGAGCGGGCGAACAACACAUCUUUUGGCUGAGCGGCCUGGCUGGCACUGGCAAAACAACAGUUGCACGCUCGGUCGCCCGCGGGUACCAUGCAAAGCAGCGUCUCGGUGCCAGCUUCUUCUUCUCCAGAGGCGGGGGCGAUGUCAGUCGGGCGGGCAGAUUCGUCACCAGCAUUGCGGUUCAGCUUGCACGGAACGUACCUGGCGUCCGCCGCCAUAUCAGUAAUGCCCUUAUACAACGUCCUGAGAUUGCCAGUCAGUCGUUGCGCGACCAGUGGCAAUAUCUCGUCCUUCAGCCGCUGUCGAAGUUGGAGAGUCCAGCAACAUAUGUGCUGGUGAUUGACGCUCUUGACGAAUGUGAAGGCAGCAAUGACACGCAACUCAUCGUGCAGCUCUUGGCGAUGUCCGGGUCGUUGAAGUAUGUGCGGCUGCGAGUAUUCCUCACAAGCAGGCCUGAGGUGCCGAUCCAAUAUGGACUGGGACAAGUGCCAGACGCAGAGCGCCGGGACUUUGUGCUGCACAAAGUGUCGCCGUCAAUUAUCGACCACGACAUCCGGCUCUUCCUCGAAUAUAGACUUGACCUGAUUGGCCAAGAGGAUGGCCAGGCACUCGGCUGGCCGGGCGCAGAAGUCAUCCAUAGCUUGGUUCGAAGUGCAAGUGGCUUGUUCAUCUGGGCUGCGACAGCAUGCCGCUUUAUUAGCGAAGGUCUGUUUGCGGAAGAGCGGCUACACAUGCUUGCUGAUGGCAGUGAUUGUGACAGCGCAGCUAGUCCAGAACAACACCUUAGUCAACUGUAUAUGACCGUUCUGCAAAAGUCCGUCCAGAGCAGCUACACUGCACGAGAACUAGCUAGGUACCACAGCAUGAUGCGGCAGAUUCUUGGGAGCAUCGUAGCUUUGUCCUCGCCUCUUUCCAUCCUAUCGUUAAGCAUGCUAAUACUGAUCCCAGAGCAGAGGGUCAAUCGAAUGCUGAAAGAGUUGCAUGCCAUCCUUGACAUACCAAAGGACCAGGGCCAAUUGAUACGUCUGCAUCACCCUUCGUUUCGCGACUUUCUUUUCAGCAAAGACAGGUGCGUCGACGUGAACUUUUGGGUAGACAAGAAGCAAGCGCAUGCAGCUCUGGCUGCCAAUUGCAUCCAGCUGAUGUCGAGUACGCUUAAGCAAGACAUCUGUGGCAUCAAAGCUGCUGGUACACUAGUAGCGGCUGUGGAAAAAGACCGUGUUGCACAACACAUCAAACCGGAAGUCCAAUACGCCUGCGCUAAUUGGAUGCAGCAUCUCACGAAAGGGUCCUUACAGCUUCACGAUGGUGAUCAAGUGCACAUGUUUCUGAAGGAACACUUCUUGCACUGGCUCGAGGCGCUGGGCUGGCUAGGAAAGGUGUCCGAAGGGAUUCACGCUAUAAGCUUACUUGAGUCGAUUAUUCCAGAUGAAGACUCCAGUCAGUUGCGUGCAUUCGUUCAUGACAUGAAACGAUUUGCAUGGUAUGGCCGAGCAGCGGUCGAACAAGCACCUCUGCAAGUGUACUACAGCACACUCAUGUUUACACCGAGUAACAGCGUAGUAAAGCAGCAAUUUGCCCACAAGUUUCCAGUAUGCAUUAAGAGGUCGCCCCAAGUAGAGAGCGACUGGAACGCGCUGCUGCAGACACUGGAAGGACACUCAGGCGGGGUCAACGCGGUAGUGUUCUCGCAAGACAACAAGACAGUAGCGUCGGCAUCUUCUGACAACACAGUCAAGCUGUGGGACGCUGGCACUGGUGCUGAGCAGCACACGCUUCAAGGACACUCAGGUCAGGUCAGCGCGGUAGUGUUCUCGCGAGACGGCAAGACAGUAGCGUCGGCAUCUUGGGACAACACAGUCAAGCUGUGGGACGCUGGCACUGGCACUGA